AUGCGUUCCGUGAAUGGGGUAAACAGUGCUGUUCGACGAUUCUCGGAACCUCCGCGCUACAACUACGCCCCUUUGAAACGAAGCAUGGAGGCUGCUGGUGAGAGAGCACCUGGGAGGUUGGAAGAGACUGGUCCUGCAGUUGUUAGUACUGACAUGUCAACAGAAUCGUCGACAGGAAGUACUGCUACCGUGGCGACAAAAGGUUUAGCUCAGCGUUUUACCUCCACAAUUUCCUUGAACAUCUCUUCAUUGACGUCUAACUCCUCUACGGUAAACACAAAUAACAACGCCUCAACCAUUAGAACACCGAGACUAGGUUCGAAAAACACAUCGGGAAGACGAGGCAAGUUACCGUUAGAUGUAUGA